AUGGUCAAGGCAAGAUCAACUCAAUUCGAUAUCGAAAAGCCCGUGCAUUCGCGAGACGAAGCCAAAUCCAACUUAUCCGAUUCGUCGCAUUCACCAGAACUAACACCAGAGCACCAGCAGUACCUCAUAUCGCGCCACGGCACAGUCAAGCUUGACCCCAUCCCGUCGCAGGACCCCAAUGACCCCUUGAACUGGCCGCAAUGGCAGAAAAACUAUGAAAUCUUGAAUAUCACAUUUAGCACUUUUUCAUCGACGUUUAUGGCCUCGGGGAUGAACUCAGCGUUUGAGCCUCUCGCGAAACAAUACAACUCCACCUUGACUGAUGCUUCCUAUUUCACCUCGGUUCAAAUUGCCAUCUUUGGCAUUUUUCCUUUCUUAUGGGUGCCACUUAUGAAUACAUGGGGACGCAAGCCCUUUUUAGUGAUGGGGGCCUUGGGAUGUUGCGCGUGUAACAUUGGCGGUGGGUUCGCCAAGACUUAUGGACAACAGAUGGCCACGAGGGCACUUUCGGCUUUUUUCAUCGCGACUGCUACGAGUGCUGGAUCGAGCGUGGUGGGCGACUUGGCAUUUGCCCACGAGCGAGGGCGCAAGAAUGGAUGGUGGAGUGUGGGUUUUGUAGCUGGCACCCCCAUGGGUUCAUUCAUCACUGGGUUCAUCCAGUAUCACGCUGGUACCAAAUGGAUUUUUUUCACGUAUGCCAUCAUGAAUUUCUGCCAGUGUUUAGGAUGGGUGUUUUCAAGAGAAACGAUAUAUUCGCGCAACUCGCCUGAUGAUGUCAAAUUCCGUAUGUUCAGAGUAUCGAAAGCAAGACCAUUUGCAUGGUCAAUUUUCGUGCGUCCAUUUCACCAAGCAUUAAAUGGCAACAUCUUGCUUGCGGUUCUCGCGGCGUCGAUAACUUUCUGCUACGCCAACAUUGUGCUAAGCGUCGAGAUGCCCCAAGUGAUGAUCCCGUUGUUCCAUUUGAACCCCCAGCAAAUGUCGCUUCAGUACAUUUCCAUGAUCAUUGGCUCGGCGAUAGGCGAGAUCUUGGCGGGACCUUUGUCGGACUGGUGGAUGGCGCAGAGCGUCAAGCGUCGCUUGGGCCAUCGUGUGGUUGUUGAUCGGUUAUGGGUCUCGUACAAUGGCUACAUCUUGGUGAUUGUGGGGCUCAUAGUCUGGGGGGUAUGCUUGGCUCAAGCAACACCCGGACAUUGGACUAUAAAGCCCUUGGUUGGCAUCGCCAUCGCCGCGACGGGGAACAACAUUGUCGCCACUGUAGUCACCACGUUUGCCAUUGACUGUAACCCGCGCCAAGCGGGCGACGUGGGCAUUUUCCUAAAUUUCUGGAGAUCGCUUUACGGAUUCAUUGGCCCUUUUUACUUUCCCAAGAUGUUUGAAAAUUUGGGCAUUGGUGGAUCUGCUGGGUUAAUGUGUGGACUCGUGGUGUUGUUUGCUUGGGCUCCAACCUGUAUCGCCCAUGGUCUUGGUAUCUACAGGGAAAAAAGACAGGUAAUGUAA